GGUUAGUGUUAAAACUAAGCCAGGACUAAAUAAAAAAUCAUUUGUAUUACACUUCUGACAGAGUUAUGUUUUGUAAUGUAUUUAUUAUUAUAUGUUAAGUCUUAAAUAUGCAUAAUUGUGAGUACCACAGUUUUAAGGCCAGAGUCGGAAAAUAUCAAAAGAUUUAUAGCCUUAUUAGUUGUUGAAAACAAUUUAAUUAUCAUUUGUAUUAUGAGUUAAUCAUAUAUGCAAAAUCAGAUUAAUUUAUUAUAAAAAGCUACACAAAAGACACAAUCGGUCAUUACUUUUCUAGGAAUAGUGUAUUCUCUUGUACGCUAUAUGCCUCCGGACGUACAAACCUUUUUUAGUAUUCAAACAGUUUUUGCUAAUUUGUAUUUUAACUAAAGCUAACAUUGUAUACUGAUAAUACUCGCCUUUUGGAUUGUUACCUAAUUUGUGCUAGUACCAGUUAUUUUGUGUUCGUUUCAGGUGUCUUGUGCCCGUCUUAUAUUAACAUGUAAAAUAAAUAAAUGUAUUGAUAAAAAACUUAUACCUUAACAUAAUAGACAAAGACUGGCCUCUAAAUGACUAGAUUCCCCAGCAUAAGCAUUUUAUACAUUUAAAUCGUUUGGUAAUUUUCCACAUUCUAUUCAAGGAGUCGAUUCCAACUAUACUCCGGAUAUAACUAAUCAGUCCAGCACUUAUAUACUUCCAAGUUUAUGUAACUCCACUAAGUGAUAUAAGGGAUUUGAUUAUUCCUAAUUGUGAAAACUUUUUUUUGCUUGUUUUGUAAUAAAUUGCAAUCAAAAUUCGUUCGUCACUUCCAUAAUAAUAAGCCACAAGUAAAAAAAUGUUUAUGCCUGUCGAAAAAUGAGAAAACUCGAAAAGUAGUUAUUAAUGAGAUUUGGAGUAAUGGCGAUUAAAUCGACAAUAUCGAUGCAUCGUUAAAUAACGAAAUUUUAAAGAGAAUUAACUCUAAAAACGAAUAUGUUGUCAUAUGUUGCAAGGGAUGUUCUGGAUUUUUUCCCCAAAAGUACAAUACGCAGUCAUAUAAAUAAUUGCAUAGGCGGCGAUCAUAAGAAAGGAACUCCUGACUUGCUUAAGCAAGGUCGCUCUAAAACCGGCUCUAUGCAUAAAAGUGCAAGUGACGUUCUCUAUAAGCAAGCUAUAUGCCUCCUGACGUAUUUAAACCGUUUUUGUUAAUUUUUUUAUUUAUUUACUAAGGCUAUUUUUAUAUACUUGAUAUUACUCAAAUUUUAUUUUGUUAACUGAUUCGUGUUCCUUCCAGCUAGUUUGUGUUCGUUUCAACUGUCUUGUGCUCGUCUUAUAUUUAUAUAUUUCUAACAAAGAUGCAUCCGAACAAUUUAUAAACACAACUCAAAAUACAUCGGCUAAUAUUGGAUCUUUAGAAUAGGAUAGAUUCAUCGGCAAAAAAUCAAAAUCAUUCCACGAUAAACGAUUCAUUUCAAUCGCUUAAUACGCAAGGAUUCGAUUCCAGUUAUGCUCCGGAUAUAACUAACCGGUCCAGCAUUUUAAAUAAUUCCAACAUUAAACAAGUUUUUUCUUACACAACUGAAACUCCACUAAGUGAUGUAAGGGAUUUAAUUUUUCCAACUGCGAAAACCCAAACAAAUUGUAAGAAACAUUUUGCUUAUUUUGAAAUAAAUUGCAAACAAAAUUUGCUCGUCACUUGCAGAUUGUUCAUAAAAAUGAGCUGCAAGUACAAAAAUUUUUGUUCCUGUCGAAAAAUGACAAAACUCGCAGAUUACUUAUUGAUGAGAUUAGGAAAAAUGGUGAUUAUAUCCAUUAUAUCGAUGCAUCGUUAAAUAACGGAACUCUAAUCGUGCCUCGUGUGUAAGCUCUAAAAACGAAGCGGUUGAUUUCAUAUGUUGCAAGGGAUGUUCCGGAUUUUUCCCCAAAAGCACAAUACGGAGUCAUAUUAAUAAUUGCAAAGGGAGGGAUCAUAAGAAAGGAACUCGUGACUUGCUUAAACAAGGUCGCUCCAAAACCGGCUUCAUCCAUAAAAGUGCAAAUGACGUUGUGCGCACAAAAAUAAUGCCUGUUUUAAAUGAUGAUCCCAUUUCUAGAAAUCUUAUAUAUGAUGAAUUGAUUGUUUUAUUGGCAAACGCAGAAUCUAUGAAGCACGGCGAACUUCAGUACGAUAUGAUCAGAGCAAACAUGAGAUUGCUCAGCAGACUAUUACAUGAAAUAAAAAAAUCAGAAUCUAAUGAGAUACAGGAACUUAUAGACGCCAUUAAUCCCAAAUAUUUGGAUUUGAUGAUAUCUUGUAUCAGAAAAGUGGUUCAGUGGGACUCUUCUUCGAUGUCUUUUAAAACACCUUCAGUUGCAACGAACCUUACAACUCUAAUUAAAAAGUGCGCAAAAAUAUUGUGGACUCAUUGCAUUAAAACACAAAAUCAUGCAAAAAAAAAUUAAUUAAAGAUUUUCUUGUUCUAUGGGAAACCGAAAUUCCUCUUUUUAUACACAAAAAAGCUAUAGAGGACCAGUCAAAGAAAAAAAGAGCCCUACCAACUAUUUUACCAUGUAAAGAAGACAUCAAAAAACUGUUUGAUUAUGUGAUAAAAAAAUCGGAAAGCGUUCUGAGUGUGCUAAAAAUUAAGUUUGAUUUUUUAUCAUGGACAUCGUUGAUACAAAGCACACUAAUUGGCCUUCAAAUUUUUAACCGCCGUAGAGCCGGUGAAUUUGAAAGACUAACAAUUGAGAACUAUCUAACAGGGCACACCAUCGAUGAAAAUGUAGAUAAAUAAAACUUCGAACGUCUCACGAAAGAAACUAGAGAAAUCGCUCAAAAAUACACAAGUUUGACUAUUCGUGGAAAACUUAAUCGAACUGUGCCAGUGCUGCUCACACCGUUUGACAAGUAUUGUAUAGAAACUAAUUUCAAACAUCGUAAAAGAGCUGGUGUUAAAAAAAAUAAUGAUUACAUAUUUAGCGUGCCUAACGCCAAGCCCUUAGCAAAUCAAUAUGUAAGGGCUUGUCCGAUUCAAAAAAAAUUUGCCCAGGAAUGUGGGGCUCGCUGCCCAGGGGCUUUACGGGGAACGAUGAUUCGCAAGCAUUUAGCUAUCUGUACAUCGAUGCUUAACGUCAAAGAUUUCCAAAUUGAUAGGCUUGCCAAUUUUAUGGGUCAUCAUAAAGAUAUACAUAAAGAAAUCUACAGAAUCCCUGUAACAGUAGCGGAGAUAGCCGAAGUAUCCCAGAUGCUUAUGGCAGCUCUUGGAAAUAAUGUUGAGGAUAAAAACACAGUAGCCCUUGAUCAGUUCGAAGAAAAUGAUCCUUUAGAGGAUUCGGAAUCAGAUUAUUCUGAACAGCGAUCAGAAAGCGACUUCAAUAUUUCCGAUGAUGAUAUUGUAGAAAAAUCGACUAAAAAGGAAAGCGCCCAAGUAGCUAUCCUAUUUAUCCUCAUUGACAAAGUAAAAAGAGAUAUCGCGCUUGUAAAAUGUCCGAUCGUCUGUUCAACCGAACGCUGGCCCAUUAAAGUUAUAUCAACGAGAAGUAAAGUGCUAAAAUUAUAUAAUGACGACCACUGCGGCGUGGUAAAUGGCAAAAAUCGUCCUAAAUAACAAACCUUAUACAAUCAUAGAGAUUGACUAACUUUUAGUUGAAGACGAAGAUGUUUAACUGGGUGCGUGGCAAAUGAUUAAAAUUAAUAUCACCUAAUAAAUUGUUUUGGUAGGCUGUAUUAAGCUGUUAUUGGUCUGUGAUUGAGUAUUGCGACGGUUCCAACCGACUGCGACGCUUCUAAUUGAUUUUUAUUUAUUACUAAAACGUUAAUCUUUUUCACACUUAAUUAUAUUA